CUCUCUCUCCCGAGCAGCGCGCAUGCGCCCUCAGCCGCCCGGCGCCUGAGGCCGAGAGCGGCCGUUGGCUCCGCGAGCCCCCAUGGCGGAGGCCCGGCCGGUGCUCUCCCCGGAGGCGGAGGAAGAGGAAGAGGCCGACGAGGAGCUCCUGCAGCUGGAGACGGAGCCGCCGGCCGUGCUGCUUGCCGGACGGGCGGCGCGGACCGCUCCCGGCGGCGCCGUCCGCCUCCCCGCCGGCCGGGACCCAUCCGAGGCGGCCAGCGAGGAGGAGGAGGGCGACGGCGAGGAGUCGGAGCCGCUCCUGGGCGCGGCGGCGGCGGCGGGCUGGGGUCGGCGGGCCCGUGAGGGGACGGGACAUGUCAGAAGCAUCGCAGAGAUGAACUUCUCCAUGGACGACCCUGAAUUUGCCGAAAUCAUGCAGCAAGCUGAACAAGCCAUUGAAAGCGAAGUCUUUCCAGAAAGAAUCUCCCAAGGCUCCAGCGGAAGCUAUUUUGUCAAAGACUCUAAGAGAAAAACUAUCGGAGUAUUUAAGCCCAAAUCCGAAGAGCCUUACGGUCACCUAAAUCCAAAAUGGACCAAAUAUUUCCACAAACUCUGUUGCCCUUGCUGUUUUGGCAGGGGCUGUCUUGUUCCUAAUCAGGGAUAUCUCUCUGAAGCUGGUGCCUAUCUGGUGGACAGUAAACUAGGAUUAGGAGUGGUACCCAAAACAAAGGUGGUCGGCUUUGUCAGCGAGACGUUCAACUACAGUGCCAUCGAUCGUGCCAAAUCCAGGGGCAAGAAAUACGCGUUGGAAAAAGUGCCCAAAGUCGGCAAAAAGUUUCACCGAAUUGGACUACCUCCUAAGGUUGGCUCCUUUCAGCUCUUCGUGGAAGGGUACAAAGAGGCCGACCAUUGGCUCAGGAAAUUCGAAACCGACCCCCUGCCGGAGAACACAAGGAAACAGUUCCAGUCAGAGUUUGAAAAACUGGUUGUGCUUGAUUAUGUUAUCAGAAAUACUGACAGAGGCAACGAUAACUGGUUAGUCAAGUAUGAAAAACAGAGCGAUGGGACGGAUCUUCCUGAGAAGGAGAUCCAGUGGAUUGAUGAAAAGGAGCCCAUUAUUAAGAUUGCAGCCAUUGAUAACGGCCUUGCUUUCCCUUUCAAACAUCCCGAUGAGUGGAGAGCGUAUCCAUUCCACUGGGCUUGGCUUCCACAAGCAAAGGUCCCUUUUUCUCAAGAGACGAGAGACUUGAUACUCCCUCGUAUUUCUGACAUGAAUUUUGUACAGGAUCUCUGUGAAGACCUUUACGAACUCUUUAAGACUGACAAAGGGUUUGACAGAGCUACAUUUGAGAACCAAAUGUCUGUGAUGAGAGGACAGAUACUUAAUCUUACUCAGGCCUUGAAGGAUGGAAGAAGUCCCCUCCAGCUGGUCCAGAUGCCUCGGGUGGUUGUGGAGAGAAGCCAGGGGGGGACUCAAGGAAGGAUCGUUCACUUGAGCAAUGCCUUUACUCAGACUUUUCACAGCCGGAAGCCUUUUUUCUCCUCCUGGUAAAAGACAAGUAAAGACCUUCGCUUUAGCAAGACCUUCCACUAGUACGUAAAGAUUUCUCUCCCCUCCAAAAAUGCUGAACUGCCAAAACCUCAGAGAGUUUUUUUAUAUAUUGAAUGUAACUCAGUUUAUAGUUUUAUUUAAAAUUGUGAACCUUUUUACAUCAGGGAGACGAGCUUGUCCUAAACUGUAUAUUUUUAUAGACGGUUCAAUGUUUUCUGUUAAUUUAGUUUGGAAAGGGGGCGGGCGGGAAUAAAAGUUUACAGAUGCCAAAGACUACUUUUGACUCAAUUGGGGGGAAAAACAACAACCACAUUCUGUUGCCUACAAUACCAGAAAUUACAGUCUAAUUUUAUAAAUGUAAGGAUUGAAAUGCCUGGCGUUUUACUCCAUUACACAGUUGUCUUUCAGUCAUAUAUAAUCUACUACACAGGACCAAUACUAACCCCUUCUGCAUUCAAGGGCUUGGAGGUGGGUUAAAUGCAUGUUGCUAGUCCAGAGGAAACAUAAUUUGUCAUUAUAGUGUAGUUCUUACAGUUUAUUUGCAUUGAGUGCAGGCAGUUCUAAGUUCCAGUUAACACACACUCCACUGUGUAUUAUUUAAUUUGGGAAAGGAAUAAGGGUUGGUCAGUGCUUCCACCCCACAGUUGCAUGCAGAAUUUAUUGCACAGCCUCUCUCUGCCUUUAUAGAUUUGAGCUCCAUCGGUACUAAAAGAAGAAAAAAAGAAUUUACAAACGUGUGUCUUUUUCUUUGGGGCUCCACCGUUUAAGGAAUCCGGUUCCAAUUUUUCAUUCCUUUUCAGUUUCUUUUGUUUUCUGGGUACAAAAACUGAGCCAUUUACAGAUGACUUUGUUGAUGCUUGAAAAAUAUCCUUUGGAAGGAAAUAAAAGACACCUUUAACAUUGUUUUACUUAGUGCUAAGAAGUAACAUAUUCCAAGAAUUGUUGGUGUUCUGGACCAAGAACGGGAUGGAGGGAAACACUACAAAAAUGAACAUAAGUUAUUAUUAUUAUUUUUCUGAGAUGAUGCGUAUUGAUAAAUGUAUGCUUUGGUCUUGUGAUAUUUUUUUUUUUUUUUGGUCAGGGCGAUGAAUUGGGGAAAUACUGUAUUUUGUUAGAAUAAUAUUUCUGCCGCAAUUUUGUCAUUGUGUUGUGGUUUUGAAACUUUUACCAAAGCCAAUGAAAUUCACUAACUUGAAACCAAAGUAGACAUUUAAUGGUAUGUCAGUGCCUCUUCCUAACACCCAUAUCUUGGUCUUGAGGAGAUGAAAAACUUGCAAAUCAGAAAAAAAUGCUUUUAAUCAUCUUGUUGUCGGGCAAUUCCUCAGCAGUUCUAAACUUUGAAUUUGGCUUUAGCUGAUCAGUUGCAAGAAUAAUAAUCGGAGUAACUUUACACUUACCAGGAAUUUAGUAAAGCUUGUUUUAAAUUUCAGGGUUUGAAGCUCAAAACGUCUGUGUCAAUAAUAGGGGGUCUUUUGGGUUAAAAGUUGUGCCUAGCUUCCUCAGAAAUGCUGUAUCUUUAACUGCAGAGCAAUACUCUCAGCGUUCUUGCAUUGUUGUUUCCUUGAUAUCUCAGAGUUUGUUAAACCAAUGUAGCCUGUUGGGAUAAUUUACUUGACCUACUAAAAAUGUAUAAGCCUUAAUAUUGAAAAUUUACUUGUAUUGCGGGUUUAUAAAUUUGUUCUGAUUUCAGUUUUUUGAUCACUUCCUGCAAAUUAUUUAAAAAGAAAAGAGGAUGGACUUGACUUUCUCAAAACAAUAAAGACCACGGUCUGUGCAGAUCUGCGACAAUUGUCCGGUUACAUUUAAUCUGUUGUUUAAAAACAUCUAGAACAGAGAAUCCUUUUGUAAGAUGAGGUUCAUUUUACCCAGUUACAGUAUUUCUCAUGCUGCUAUCUUACAAUGUUCCUAGCACUUGGUAUAACAAGACAAACACUUUUAGCCAGCCCGAUUGUUUUAUCAUUAAAAUGAAUGGUUUCAAUGAAAAAAA